GGAGGAGGGCCAGACCCGGCUGGGUGGGUGGGGAGUGCGGCUAGUAAGCUGGCAGCCGCGGAGAGAGAGAAGACUAUAAAUGCCACAGCCAUUUAAGUGAUGGGUAGCCGUUGAAUUCUGACACUUCCUUAAAUACUUUCUUGCACCAACAUCUUCACUGGGAAGAGUUCAGGGAAAGUAGCAGAGGGAAGGAGAAAACAUUUACAUGUACCAUGGCUAUACCAAUAACAGUGCUUGACUGUGACCUCUUGCUAUAUGGCCGAGGACAUCGAACAUUGGACCGAUUUAAACUGGAUGAUGUUACCGAUGAAUACCUGAUGUCCAUGUAUGGGUUUCCUCGACAGUUCAUUUAUUACUUGGUGGAGCUCUUGGGGGCGAGUCUUUCUAGACCUACUCAGAGAUCCAGGGCUAUUAGCCCAGAGACACAGAUCCUUGCAGCACUGGGCUUCUAUACCUCAGGUUCCUUCCAGACUCGGAUGGGAGAUGCUAUUGGAAUCAGUCAGGCAUCUAUGAGUCGAUGUGUUGCCAAUGUCACCGAAGCGCUUGUGGAAAGAGCUUCACAGUUCAUCCACUUUCCAGCUGAUGAAGCCUCCGUGCAGGCUCUGAAGGAUGAGUUCUAUGGGUUAGCAGGGAUGCCAGGGGUGAUAGGGGUGGUUGACUGUAUCCAUGUGGCAAUCAAGGCACCAAAUGCUGAAGACCUUUCCUACGUGAACCGAAAAGGUCUUCAUUCUUUAAACUGCCUGAUGGUGUGUGACAUCAGAGGGGCACUAAUGACUGUGGAGACAAACUGGCCAGGGAGCCUCCAGGACUGUGCUGUGCUUCAGCAGUCUUCUCUCAGCAGUCAGUUUGAAGCUGGGAUGCACAAAGAUAGCUGGUUGCUUGGUGACAGUUCCUUCUUUCUCCGUACCUGGCUCAUGACCCCACUUCACAUUCCUGAAACUCCAGCUGAAUAUCGCUAUAAUAUGGCCCAUUCUGCAACUCACAGUGUGAUUGAGAAGACUUUCCGAACCCUCUGCUCCCGAUUCCGCUGCCUGGAUGGAUCCAAGGGAGCACUGCAGUACUCACCAGAGAAAUCCAGCCACAUUAUCUUGGCCUGCUGUGUCCUCCACAACAUCUCCCUGGAGCACGGGAUGGAUGUUUGGUCCUCUCCAAUGACAGGGCCCAUGGAACAGCCCCCUGAGGAAGAGUAUGAGCACAUGGAGUCCCUGGACCUAGAGGCUGACCGCAUCCGUCAGGAGCUGAUGCUCACUCACUUUAGCUAAUGUGGAAGGUUUGGAGGAGGGAGGCUUUCCAGAAGGAGCUGUGACAAAUUUCCCUCUCACCAUCCCCUACACAGUUCCAUCAUCUAGCAUGACUGAGUAUGUGGUCACUUGUCACAAAUUGACAUUUGAUCUGCGUGUUUUGGAAGGAUUGGGGCUAUGCCAGAAUAUCCUGAUUCAUUUUCAAAUUUAUUAGCUAAACCUAAACUGAGACAGCAGUUCUCUGCUAUCCAUUGUACUCCAGGUUGAGCGCCACUCAUUUGAAAGUUCACUGGCUGCAGAUGUUUAUAUCGUGCCUACAAAAUCAAAGCAAGGGGGAAAUAACAUCUUGGCAGCCAGAACUUUCUUUUUUUGUUUCAAUUGUUUGGAGAUUUCAAAUGAAAAGAGUAUUUGCCCUGAAUUUUUUGGGUAGUAUUUUAGCUUUUCUACUUUAAUACCUAUAGAGGCAUAAUCUGAGGCAAGUAUUAAGGGUAAAUUUAAGUUGUGGAAUGGUCUCCUGACAUAAGCAAAUGGCUACUAAUCUGAGUUUGCAGCUUUGUGUUUUUAAGAGGAUGUUAGGGAAAGUUUGAAACCUCCAUCUUUAGUCUGUCUGCAAUAAUUGAACUGUGACUUGAACCUAGUUCCCGGAGAACAUAUGAAUUCCAAUCUCUUACUUUGAACCCUGAGUAGAAAAUUAAAGGCUAAAUGGGUUUAAGAACCCAAUCAGCUUAAAGAAGACAAGUAAAAUAUAGAUAAAACAGCAAGCUGACACUUUACAGGGCAUCCAAAGACCCUGAUAGUUUGAUGGGCAAAGGAGAUUCACCCAGGUUUAGACAACUCACAUCGAAACAUCACAUUUCUUAUGAUCAUGACGUUAGAAUGUCUGUUUGGCCAUUCUGCAUUGAAAUGCCUUGUUCAGAAGGAAGAUUUAGGGAAUGGUGAAAGCAUGUGAAAGUAGUAAGAAGGAGAGGUAAAAGGAAUCUAAUUUCUUGGUUCGAAAUGAAUUUUGGAAUUAGACUGACUUGAAUAUCUUGUGUGCAAAGUGAAGAACAGAAUUUAUCAAGAAAUAAAUAAUCCCCCACCAAGUCUUAUUCUAAAAUUGUACUGAUAUAAAAAUAACCUGAUUGGAAUAAUAGAAGUGUGAAUUAGGUUCACACAUUGGUGCCUUUGCUGGGACAGAAAAGAGACUUUCCUGAGGAUUGUUUUGUUCCCAGAGUUUCUCAGCCACUCACCAUGUGAUACUUCUGAAUUGUCCUCUUGGAUCAUUUCCUACCUGCCUUUGGCAGUGUUAAUCUGGUGAUUUUCAAAGUAAAGAAAUGAACAGCUGAUGACAGAAGAAAUUUGGAAAUAAACUGAGGGUGACUCAUCCUCAAGAUUAAAAACAAUUAUGGAUUAUUAUCUGCUGUUUAUUUCUACUCCAAGUGCUAUUUCCCAUCAUCAUCCUACUCUACAAAGAGUGGGUCCAUUUGGCAGGAGGUUGGGCUCAGUAUGUACAAUGAUGUCAUUAAGAUGGGAGUGGACAAUGAAGAGGUGAUUGGAAGCUAGUUUUAUUCAUUGUGCAAUAGAGGUGCCCUGUUACAUUUUUUUUUUCCUUUGUAAAGUUUAACUUGUGACCUAAGCUUGCUUUGUCUCCCUCAUAAGGCAAUAUUUUAAUUCUCACCAUCUUUCCAGUUUUCCUGAGAUGGGUGUUUUUCCCUAUAAGGUUUUGGUUCUAUUAUGAGUAUUGCAAUGGGAACAUACUUGCUGCCACCCAUGUAUCUUAAGUGGCAAGGUAGAGUAUGAUCUUGGAAAGUGCCUAGCAUUUUAGUCUUUAAAAACUGCAUUAAGGGGGAAAGUAUAGCUCAGUGGUAGUGUGCUUAGCAUGCACAAGGUCCUGCAUUCAAUCCCCAGUAACUCCAUUAAAAUAAAUAAGUAAAUAAACCUAAUCCCCCCUCCAAAAAAAACCCCAAAAUAAAAAAAAUAAAUAAAAAGGUACAUUAAAGGAAAAUUGGGGUUUUCACAAAUUAACUUAGUAGAUGGUGACAUGAAGCCUGAUUGGGAGGGACAGUCUGGCAGAGAUUUCAUUAGCAAUUUCAAGUCUACUACUUGCACACCAAAGGUAAUUUCUAAGUGUUGAAUAGACUGGACAUUGGCUGGCAGUAUUUUUCCCCGGGGGCAUUUUAUGUCUUAAUAAUUCCGCAGGGUAACUGUUCAAAUCUAUUCCUUUAAUCUCCUUUUGACCUGGAUUUUUAUAGACAAGAUUCUUUUCAGUCGACAGUUACAUUUUCCCCAAAAUGAUCUAGGAGAGGGAUCAGGAUCCGCAUUUCCAGAUUUUCAGGGGUCUGCUCAUAAGGGCUUUUUAUAAGUGCCUGAGAAGUCCUCUCUUGUGGUCCUUUCUGUGGAUUUAUAGUAUCUUCUUGGUAUAGUUUUGGGAAAGAGUCGAGGAGUUUGCAUGUCUUAUGUAAACCUCAUUUUCCCAUAGGUGACUCCAUCUGGCCAGCAUAGUUUUCAUAUUUGCCCUUAACUGUUUCAAGACAACAAAAGUCCCAGGAUAUAUUAAGGGAAAUCUACCAUAUUGGAUCAUCACCAGUUUACCAAUUCCAAAUUAUACAAAAGGGGACCACAAACAUAUUCUUAGUUUAAAAUGAACGGAGAUGGAGCUUCUUUCCAGGACUGUAAAGGAUCUACAGCAAGUUAAUUUAGUUUUGGGACAAAAAACAACGCAGUUUUAAUGGGAUCAUUUAUGAAGAAGUAAAAGUGGGGAGGGUUAAAAAAGAGGUUAGGUAGAUAGAUAGACAUACUAUGAUUGUAUCCCUAUCUGAAACAAUAAACUGAAAACUCAAGGACUGAGCUUAGCUGUUGUUUUUCCUGGCAAUGGAAGGCAAGUUAAAAGGAGGUCAAGAAAAUAAGAAAUCAGGGAGUCUUAACCACUGUGCAUGCACAUAUCCUCAGGGCCCUUUUGUUCCCUAGAUCCCAUUCAGAUUUUACAGAAUUGUGGGUAUAAGCGAUCAUGGACUCAGAAUUAAGAAUUUGUUGAUUAUAAGAAUGGCAAAGCCGAAGAAAGAGGAAAUAAUUAGUUGAAUGCUGGGGAUACUCCAGGUACCUAACAUAUAGAAUUCACAGGCUUUUCUUUUUUUAUGUGACUACCAUUUAAGACACCACUUAGCGAUAAUCAAAUAGGAGAGAUGAAAUCUCUGAGUACUAGACAGAAAGAAGCAAAGUAGACCUUGAAAUCAUAGGUUAGUAAAUUUCAAAAAGUCUUCUGGAAAGGAAUCACCAUGUUUGCCCAGAAAAACAUUCGGUUCCAUUCUGUCGGGACUUUCUCUAACCCUUAUAAUAAACAGCUGUCUUAAUAGAA